CAAAGAUCAACAAGACUGCCAACCAUGUCGACUGACAGUUGUCAUCAGACCGAAGGCUUCAAGUUAAUCCGCUACAAACGUGGGAAUAAAUCUUCCAAAUAUAAAACUUUAUCAAAAUCCCACGAAAUAGAACUCCAACCUAAUAAAGAAGCCACACUCAAAAGAAUCCACGAAGCCAAAUCGGAGAUAAAUUCGUCUGACUUAUUCGCCUCAGCUGUUGCUUCGCUCCGAGAAGCUCUAACAACGCUAUCAAACCCAAAUAUAAAGGAAAUAAUUUGUUUCGGUUUAGGUCGAAUCGGUGAGUGUAUGAUAUCCCGGUAUCAGUUAGGUUUCCUCCUUUGUUUGAAAGAUUUACACAACGCCGAGGUCAAAAUCUACGACCCGGUGUUCACCGAAACCGAUCGUUGGUUAUUACGACAAUUCCAGUGUGAAAUUUUAACCGAGAAUUCCGAGGGUAAAUACCGAGUUGGCGACAAACACACGACGAUUUUUUACAUGCCUCAUUGCCCCAAACAGCUCACUAAUAACCUCCUUUGGGCCAAUUGGGGCCUCAACUUAAACUCCUGCAUUAUCAUAGCCAACAGUUUUAACUCAAUUAUUGAAAAUAGCCCCAAACGCGUCCUCAACCAAAACCAAUACCUCGUCAAUAUUUUCCCACACGUUCUCGAAUUGGCUGUGAUUAAUUCGUUUCGAUUUUUUGAGAUUUUCAACGAUACCGCAAUUCAUAUUUUUCCUUGGAAUAAAAUUAAGCUUCUUUCGGAUGAUUUCUGGGAGGUUGGGGCCGAGCCGAGCUACGACGACGACGACGUCGAAUUCGUUCGAGUAAAAGUGUGAUAAUUGCAGGGUGAGAUGGCGUCGAAAAUCAAUACUUUGAGACAGAUCAUCGCGGAAUUGCGUCAAGCGCUUCCGAAUGAUUCGCUUAAAGACAGUUUGGCACUUCGGUACAUUUUGAGUCAGUUUAGGAAGU